AUGACGACGUGCGACCAUCGACAGCAUGCGGUCCAAGACUUCUCAAGCACAAGGCCCCCUCUUGAGGUCAUUCUAAUACUCUUGAAAUUCAAGGCCGCCGUUGUUCCCACGAAUAUGGCAGCAUAUACGGCUCUCAAUAUACUGUUGAACAGCAUCACCGAUGCAGCCGAAACCACUUCACAUCCGACGACCUUUACCACAUGGUCGCCCUGUUUGUCGAACCCGAGCGCAGUUGCCAUUCUCACCACAGCAAGUGAGACUUGUUCGGAGAGUACCUCGGUGGUCUUUGCAACCGUGCUCAGGCACUUGUCGUCACCCCCGAGUGUUCAGCACGUGUAUCUAGACUUCUCCGUCGUAUCACUUGCUGCAUCAUCGCCCGAUGAGAGGAUACCAUGCGAUGUUAUCGUGCUGCAAGCACCGAACCCUGGCGUGGCGAGUGCCAUCGGGAAGCACUUUGGUUGGGAUCCGACAAGGUCCUCACUGUCAACCCAAUUGGGCGCUUGUGGCCCGGCCGCCUUCAGUAGACCAGGAGAUCUUAUUCAUGAUUUCUGGGCCUGGGCUGAGCUCCACUCCGGUGCUCCGACAUCUCCGUCGAGCUCAAUCGGAAGUGGAUACGAUAGUUUCGAUGGCAGACCAACGCUGCGAGCACAGAACUCUGAUGAGAAGAAUAUGUCCUUGUUCUAUGCCGAGGACGAAGAGCGGAGCAACAUGGAUGACGAGACACUCGUGAUGAUCUUCCAAUGGAGCAGUCACGCCGAUGCUGAUAGAUUCAAGCAUCCCUUGCAGAAGAGCCACGGCCAGAAUGGGCAGGAAGUCAGCAAUGACAUGUGGGAUAGACAUGUCGCACACCCUUUGCGGCAGGCAACAAGCAUCGGUGCAAAGGCGGACAUGUUCAAGCUCGAACUAAGAGGUGUGGAGCCGAGGAUGGGUAAAGCCGCGGCUCGGGAGCGUAGCGGGAGCAGGAGGUUCAGCACCAUGGCUUCGGGCUUUGGCGAGAAGGUUAGCGGAUUAUGGGGUCGAUAA